AUGCAGAGGAACACGACUCCGAGAACCACGGCGAGCUACACCACCACUUCGAAGCCAUGGACAUGCGCGGAUUGCCGAGUGAAGCUCGAAAGACGAAGACCACGCGUUGGAGAGCUGGUAACGCAAAGCCGGCCUUUCUCAAGAUCAGCCAGGCUACACGAUGAGAAGCGUAACGAUACUGCUGCGCCCAUAUCACAACCAGAGACAUCUCCACCCUCACCAACUAUCCGACCCGACAAACCUGAACCAUCCCCCGUCCCAAACACCCCAGCCUCGACCUCCACAACCCUCCCCUCACGCACUGAAAGCGCGCGAUCCGACCUCUCAAAGCGAAUGUCCAAACUAAUGGACGAUCUCCUCGCCCGAGCCUCCGUCGCAAGCCAACACAUCAACGCCUACACAGGCACAGACUUCUCCGGCAUUGAAGCCCUCCGCAAAGAGAUCAGCGAUCAAGAACAAAAAGUGCGGAGCUACAGACGAGAAGUCGACGACACCAAAUCAAGUCAUCACGACGCCCACGCGAAACAGACAAAUGCACAGCGGGAGAUAGUCGGACUGCUAGAGCGGAAAGCUUCCUGGUCACCGUCGGACUUGGAACGAUACAUGUCGCUGGUGAGAUCGGAGCAUUUGAACGAGCGGGAUGUGCAAAUUGCAAAGGAGAAUCUCGCGACGGCGGAGAGGAAUUUGGAAGAUGCGAGGAGUUUGUUGGAGAGAUUGGAGAGGAAACAGUAUCAUGAAGAGCAGAUUUGGAGUGAUACGAUUAGGAGGAAUAGUACGUGGGUGACGUUUGGGUUGAUGGGCGUCAAUAUUCUGCUGCUAUUGACGCAGAUUGCGGUGUUUGAGCCGAAUCGGAGGAAGAAGAUUGUGAGGGAUGUCAAGGCUGCGUUGGAUGAGAGGACGCUGUCUGUAAGCCCGGUCGGCGAGACGCCUGCAGAGACAGGGGUGGUUCUGACAACGCCGGUGUCCAGCAAGAAGAGCGAGGACAUUCCUCUGGCUGUGGAGAAGGUGCUGCCGCCAGAGGCUUCAGACUUCGUUGGAGCCGUGCCAGCAGCGAUAGAGACAGCACCUCCAACAGCUCCGUCGGAACUACCUGUCGAGCUUCCUGAAGUGGCAGCUUCGAAGCCUGCACCCUCCACUACCAUGGAAAUCUACCAGGAGAUCCUCCACGAUCUGUUCAGCGAGCGGCUCAUACAGAUCAAGAAGGUCGACCUGACGAACGCUGCACUACAAGGCGCGGCGAGCGGCGUAGCUCUAAUGGGCUUCCUCUUCCUCCUCUUCCGACCAAAGUGA